UGAUAAAGCAUCAUGCAUCUAAUCUCCUUUGGUAAUUCCGCUGAACUGUUUUCUGAUGGACGUUUGAAUUAUUUGACGACACGGACACGUGGAUAUAGAAACAAACUUGUCGAUGGUGAUACCAAGAGGAUAACGUCAACUUCAGGACAGCAACUGCCUUCAUCUGACACUUGCCUUCGUUGGACCGUGGACCCUAGUAAACCUGACCGAAUAACUUCAUAAUUCUGUUCUUCCAGCUGAUGGAAGAGAAGACCCCCAUCAAACUUGCCAUGGUGUCCAGACUGCCUAAGUUCGGUGUCCGCCCCACCACGGGGGUCACCAGCCCCCUGCCCAAUGGAACCACCCCUUCACCCCAAGACAGCAAGACCACACCCCCAGCAAGACCCAAUGGGGUGGUCCGUGCCUCCUCCUUCUCUCUAAAAUGGAGGACAGACGGUGGCAGUACUCCAACCACCCCCACUAGCCUUGAAGAUGAUGCAUGCCCAAAGGAGGGAGGGGACAAGCCCAAGACUCAGCACUCCACAUGGGGGAGGGAGAUGAAGAAACCGUCCCCAUCCACCCCUAAGAGGGUCAGGAGUUCUGGUUCGUCUGAGUCAUCUACUUCAAGCCCCAGGGCCAUCCCCCGCCAAGUCGCAAAGACCAGCCCCAAGGCAGGGCCCAGACAGGGGCAGAGCGCCUCCUUCAGUGGAGGCCCCAAACUAGGCCAAAAUGGAACUACUGAUGGCUCAGGACAGUCAGGUUCAGGGCUGGUGAGGCCACGGGCCAGCUCCAGCUCCCCGCGCAGCAGCUCUAGAGAUAGCCUGUCCCAGUCCAGCGACAGCCUCAAGUCCCUCACAUUGGACAACAUGGUGCGCUCGCAGAGUUUCACACACUUCAAGCAGAUCCCGUCCCCUACCAACUUGCCCAUGGCACGCUCCUUCUCCUUUAACCGGGCAGUGGAGCUGGCCAAGCCUCUGGCCAACACCCAGCUACAACCACCCAGGACCAACCACAUCAGACCCCACAAGCUGUCGAAUGGGAGGCAGGGCCUGGGGAUGGGCCUCGGCCUGGGGACAGGGCUGGGGGGGCUUCAGUAUCCUAGGAGCCUCUCUUCAGCCGGCUCCCCCUCCACAACCCCUAGUGCCCUGAAAAAACCUCUUCUCCCCAACUGUGUUCUGAACAAGCCUUCUGCUCUGGGCUAUAGACUGACACGGCCUGGCCAGGUCAAGCAGCAGAAACCCCUGUUUACAGGGAGGGUGAAGGGGGAGGUCAGGGCUGGAGGAGUGGGGGACGGGGAUAGGGCAGAGUCACCCCCCUUCACCCUCACUCCAGACCCCCUUAGUGACAGUGACAGGACCUCAGAGGGGCAGCUCAGGGGGUCAGGGGAGGGGCUAGAGGACAUGUCUCUCUCCUCAGCCUCAUCGCUCUCUCGAGGAGACACCAGCGAGGAGUUCUUGGAUGACUUUAAUAACCUGGCUGAUGGGGAUGUCCCAGACAACAGGACGAGAGGUAGUACUGCCACUCAGACACGCCUGCGGAGCUUCCUGAAUGAGACCAUGGACUGGAAUGAGAUGGGCCUCUCAGGGCGGAAGGAGGAAGUUGGGGUGAGGACAGCCCUUGACAUCCUGCCACCAGAGAGGAGAGACUUCCUUCAGGGCUCGUCUCUGGAGUUGUCCCCCUCCAACAGCUCGGGGGGCACCUACAUGUGGGACGAGGAGGAUCUGGAGCCCCUGGGACCCAGAACACACCCAUGUGAGAGCUAUGACGACUCAGACCGCCUCAACAGCAUGGACAUUCUGAACAACCUGGACCCCCUGGAACCAGCUGACCUGCAGGAUGACGACCUCAUGCUGGAUGUGGACCUCCCUGAGGACGGCUCUCUACGAACACAGACAGCAGUGGCUCCAGACGCUGAUGAGAUGGCCCAUUCUGACCGCUCAGAGAGGGGGGGACGAAAGGGUCACUGGAGGAGGAGGCAGCCUCGCUGGAAUGGACUAGACCACUUCCAUAAUGACAGGGGUCCAGUGUUCCAGCAGUAUGAGGGUUACACUUGUCAUGGAGGGUUCAUGGUUGGCCCCUGUCCUCUUCUUCCUGUAGGGAGACACGAUGGCUACUCGGGGUCGCUGGACGAGCUCACACUUAAACACAUGGCCCAGGACUGCAGCUCCGUGAAAAACAAGCUGCUCAAACUCAAGAGUUUAUUACAGAUGGAGGAUGGAGGCCCAGAGCUUGUGAAAGAGGGCGAGGAGGUUGAGGAGGAUAACAGCACAACUAUACAGUUGGAGGAGCUAAUGAAGGAGGUGCGGGAGCUCAGGGAGGAGCUGAGGGAUAAGGACAGGACAAUCACGCAGCUCACACGACAGCAACAGGCGUCUGCUCAUGCUGACCAGCCUGGGAGCUGUCACUGUCACCAGAGGGCACCAUCGCUGGAAGAGGACAGACAGACGCACCAAGACAAGGCCACACAGACCCCCUGGAGAGGACAAGGAAACAGCCCUGCCCUUCAAAUACUACAGCCUUCCAGCCCCAGCCACCACGAGCACCUCACCCAGGAAAGACUAGUAAAAACAGCCCUCACCGAGGGCCACAGUGAACCCCAGAGAAGGAGGAGCAGGGGAGAUGGGUCCCCUUGCACAGACUCUGACCGCCCUGCUAGAAGCCCGGCCAGGGGUGUCGACACUCCCCCAGUGCCCAACCCAGACGAGUUGAGUGUGCUACUCAGCACCCAGCUCAACAUCAAUGACAGAGAAGGGCCUGGGACCACCCCCAGCCCUACCCAGGGGCUCCCUGCAGCCAGCAGCACAGCAACAGGAGCGCUGUCCAGGCCAGGCGGGGGGCAGCGAGCCUCUCCAGAGGGCCCUGGCUGCCCUCGCGUCCUGCAGCGGCCUCGCCUCCACAAGCGUGUGUCUGUCCCAGCUCUGCCUCAGAGGUACACUAAUGGCUCUCUUCUCCGAUCAAGCUCUAUAGGACUGCUGGCCAACCACAGGACCAAGCAGCUGCCACCUCCCUCCAGGGGUCUACCCUGCUUCAAUUCUGGUCCCCAGGCAGUGGGCCCCUCCCUGGGCCGCGGUGUGCUUGCUCAGCCCCGCACGCUGGGGGUUAGGAGGGACCUCGAGAGCACCAGCCCUCCUAGUCUGGAAAUGCUAGACCUGGGACUUCUCAGAGCUAGAGUCCUGGUUCCCCCCAUCCUGUCACGCCUCCCCAAGCCAAAGAUCCAUUGAAGAGUUCACAUCAUCAAACAUAUUGUAUACUAUACUGUAUAACAUCUCUCCUCUUCCACAGCCUCAUGGUUAUGACUGAGAUACGUGGAGGGACUGUUUCUAACUGACAAAUCUCCUUCAUAAAUUGUCCAGUUACUUACUUAGCAGCAUUUCAUUGCACAUAGUCAUUAUUUUUAUAUAUAUGACAAACAUUCAUAUUUUUUAUUUGGUAAUCUCACUUGUGUGUUUUCUUUAAGAACGCCAAGACUGUACAGAAUGUUCCGGUCAACUCUACUCACACGGGUCCUUCCUCUGGAACAGCAGAAAAUGGUUUGACCAUGGUCUUCCAUGACAUCAGCAAUGUUACAUUUCCCCCAGAGGGUAAACAUAGAAUGACAGAAAAAAAGUGUGGUGGGGGGGGAUAAGGAGUGGAGCUUUCUGCUCAAACAGGGAAGUGGAUUGAAUGAAGAAUCAUUCAAAGAAAGAGGCUCAAACAUAAACAGAAUUAUCCUGAAUCAACCGCAGUUCAUCUUGUCAUCCUAUUCCACCUCUAUGAGUAUGUAAGGUGAUGUGUGUCUGUGUGGGUGCUCUCCCUUUCCUUUAAGAUCAACAUUAGUGUUUAUUGUAUUUUGAGUUUAGAGCUAAGGUCAGUUUGAGGAUUUGAGGGUUAUGUUUAUCUCCUCUUCAGAAUAGUGGUUAACGUUUGGAUGCAUCCAGACAUGAAGAGUGUGUUUAACAGUUUCUGACAGACUAUGGCAGCUUCCAUGAAUGUGGGCUAUGGCUGUAAGUUAAUGCCUCUGGCACUCUCUGUUUUACAGUACCCAUUAAUACCAUGCACACAUGAAACACACACACACACACACAAAAUACUCUCACCACUUUGGCGCUGUCCAUAAAUUCAAAUCACUGUACACAGUAGUGUUGUUUCAAGUAAUGUAUUACAGUUAGCUAGAUGGUCAACAGUGUCUUGUUUUUUCAUUUAGUAUAAAUCCGACUGACUGAGAGACACACACACUUCUGGAAAGUUCUCAUAGGGACAUUGAUCCAUCUGUCCCCUACAGCAAGACAAGAUGGGUGCCAGUGUGGUCCUUGGGGACUGAGCUGAGCCCAGGUGAUGACAGGACUGUGUGUGUGUGUGUGUGUGUGUGUGUGUGUGUGUGUGUGUGUGUGUGUGUGUGUGUGUGUGUGUGUGUGUGUGUGUGUGUGUGUGUGUGUGUGUGUGUGUGUGUGUGUGUGUGUGUGUGUGUGUGUGUCUUGUCUGUUUUGUGGGAGAGAGAAUAUUUGUGUUUGCCAUGGUGAGAUGUCCCAUGCCAUCCGGACCUGUCAGUCAAUACUGCUUGGUAAUUCCAAACAGAGAAAUCAAUAGGACCUUGGUUUUUAGUGAGAAGGGAGGAUGUGUGUGAGUCUCUAGAUACACCAAUCUGGCAGUGUUUUCAUUGGGUGUGUGUGUGUGCCAGGUGUACAGUAUGUGUCCACAGGCCACAGAAAUAAAGCCAGGGAGAAAGGGUAAUGCUGUUCUCUCCAUCAGCCAAUCAAUAGCUUUCAUCAAUUAUUCUAAAGCAGGAGUAUAACUAUCUCGGGGGUCCAACAGGUCGAUCUCGCAUCCCGUACUCUGCCAUGAUGUGCACUCGGCCUAAACAGAUAAAUCGCUAGCCAAACACAUUCGUCUCUUGCUAGGUGUGCACUUGAAUUAAAGGGGAAUCACACUCAAACGUAUACAUUUGUUAUUUUUUUUCAUGACCUUAAAAUUUUUAUUUUGAUGUGAUUUAUGCAUUGACAUGGACUCUGAACAUCCAAUGUUGUUGUUUUUCGAUAAGUAAUUGUAAUUGUCUAAGUGAAACAACAGAAAAAAUAAGCAAAUAAAUAAGCAUUUUUUGAA